AUGGAAGUCAGAGUAUUUUACGUUUCCCUUUCUCUUCUCUUCUUCCUCCUUGCUCUAAAACUUCAUCUAUCAAGAAAACACAAAAAUAGUGCCCUUCCUCCCAGCCCACCUGCCCUUCCAGUUAUUGGUCAUCUCCAUCUCUUAAAACGACGUCCAAUGCACCUUACUUUUUACAGCCUUGCUAAAAAAUAUGGUCCUAUCAUCUCUCUACGAUUCGGUUCUCGUCUGGUGGUUCUUAUAUCCUCGCCGUCACCGUUUGAAGAGUUCUUCACUAAAAAUGAUGUUGUUUUAGCCAACCGUCCGAAAUUACUCUUAGGCAAACACCUUGCUUAUAACCACACCACCUUACUGCAAGCACCAUAUGGUGAUCAUUGGCGCAACCUACGCCGCAUUGGUGCUGUAGAGAUUUUCUCCACUCAUGGUAUCAACAAGUUUGUAAGCAUUCGAAAAGACGAAAUCAAGCAGCUUCUCAUCAAACUUUCACAUAAUUCGCUUCAAAACUUUGGGAAGAGGUAUUAUGUGGAUGAUGUGACUGAUGAAGAAGAGGCACGGCAGUUCAGGGAGAUAAUGACGGAGGCUGUAACUUUUGCUGGGGCAUCGAAUCCAGGGGAUUUCUUGCCCAUAUUGAAUUGGAUAGAUGGUGGUGAAUUUGAGAAGACAGUGAUAAGACUUGGCAAGAGAAUGGACAUGUUCUUACAAGGGUUGGUUGAUGAACAUAAAAGGAAGGAGGAUUUAGAGAGUAUGAACACCAUGAUUGGCCACCUUAUAUCUCUGCAAGUCACACAACCCGAGUAUUAUACAGAUGGGAUUAUCGAAGGCCUUGUACUGUGGAUUCAGUCCAAUGAAAAUUAG